CUUCUGCUAUCUGCAGCUUCAAGUCGUUGUCAAAAUCGCUUGAGUUUUUUCGAUCCGGUCUUGAAAUAUCCCAAAUUCUGCCACUUUUGACAAAUGCAACUUUGGCAAAAAGUGCAAAAUAAGAAAAUAUCAAACAUUUUUGUUUAUCCUUUGCAGUUUAUUUAGUGCGAGGAAUAAAUGUAAUAACCAGUGACGCGUUGAAAGUGGCCAACAUAACGUGAUAGCAACUUUCAGCCCAGGUCCGUGCUGCGAUGCUUCAACAAAUUUUUCCCAUAAAUCGUCAGUUUUUGUUGUAAUUUGCAUUAAAGCAUGGAAAAUACGGACACUACAGUGGAAAACACCGAGGCUGAAGCCGUGGAGAACACGGAAAAGCCGCAAGAAGAAACCAAAACAAAUCAAGAUGAGGAGGGUGAACCAAUGGAAACUAGUAUUGAGGAACCUGUGCCCCCUCAACAGUCGGAAAAUCCCACUGAGAAUGGCGAUGAGGAGAUUGCAAAACCUGAGAUGAGUGAAAGCCAAAAAGAACCAGAAAAUGAAAUAGAAACCGCUGCUGACGAAGUAGCCACACUUGAGCCAGAAGAAAAAGCAGAUGACAAGGUGGAAUCUGAGCAAGAGGUACCCAAGGCCAGACCAGUGCGAACCACUAGAGGCACCAAAAGGAAAGCUGAUGAAAAGAAUGAGAGUACAAAUGAUAUAGGAAAUGAAACCCUAGGGGAAAAGGAAAAUCUUGAAUCAAAGAAUGGGGAAAAUUUAGAGAACGAAAACAAUCUAACAGAUGAAGUUUCCAUUAAAUCAGGUAAUAUCAUGGGAAAAGGGAAAAGGGCCAGGAUACCAAAUAAAAGGUACAGUGAAAUCCUACUGACCCCCAACAAAAAGUCAUCUCUUCCCUCUACUCCACCACAAAGUAAAACCAAUUCAUCAGAGCUCCAACUUGACAUACAAAUUAAAGAAGAACCAUUGGAUAUUGAAGUAAAGAAAAAUCAUUUGCCUGUAGUAAGGAGCCCUGGAUUACCUAAAAAAGGCAGUAGGUCAUCGACAUCCAAAGAGGACUUACAGGAUCCUAAGUACCAGAAACCAUUUAAAUUUGGCUGGAAACGUGAGUUGGUCUGGAGGUCAACAAGUAACUCAUUAAAACGGUUGGGAGAUAUCUAUUACUACACUCCAGCUGGCAAAAAAGUGAGAUCAUUUCGAGAAUUGUCGGACCAUUUAAACAAUAAAAGUUUGUCUUUGGACAACUUUUCUUUUACCAAAGAGUCAUUGGGGGUAAAUGAUCCCGAGAAAGAAAUUAUUAGGAAUGCCAAGAUUCCUAAAUCAGAGAGCUUUUCUGAAAGUUUUGAAACUAAGAAGUUGGAAAUUAAAAAGCCAAAGAAGCCGCUGAGUCCAAAGAGCAACAUAACUGACUCCCCAAAACCUGCACCCAAAGCGGCAGCUUCAACAGUAGCAGCAGCAGAUUCUUCAUCGUCAGCUUCAACCGCUCCGCCGUCAACUGCCGGAACUCCAACAACUCCCGCGACCCCUGGAAGGGCGAGAAGGGCCGCAGCCGCAGCUUUACCAACAGUUAUCCAUAAGGAAAAACUAGUUAAAGGUGCAUCACCGAGUCCUUCUAAAAAAGCUGCUGCUUCCACAACUACUACACCUGGAAAGAAGCCGUUACAGCAAAAAAUGCCGAUAAAGAAGGGACAACAGGGUCAGAAUAAGGGACCGCCCGCGAAAAAGGCAAAAUUGGCCGUUAAGAGUGAAGAACCGGCGAAGGUGGAGACGCCCAAGGUAUCGCCCAGAGUGGGGAAAACUAGCAAAUGCCAGCCUUGCUCGAUCCGAUGCGAAGGGCUCGAAGGUAUAAUACCCACUCUUCAAUGUCGCCAGUGUCUCUGUUUAUACCAUCAUGAGUGUAUAGGGCUCACCUCCGAUCUGGAGUUCCCGUACGUAUGCAAGAACUGUCAUGAACAAAGCCAGACCCCAGUAAGCGCAGACAUCGCCAGUCCGCCCCCAUUAACCCCAAUAAAUACCCUUAAAGCGACCGCGACGUCUCCCGUCAAUGUCCCGCCCCCUCCAAAACUUCACCGCAUUCCCAGACCCGAUUCGCUCGACCCCAUUCCCAUUUUGACUCCCGCGAUUGAUGUGCCGACAACAUCUAGAGAUUCUCCUCCCCUUGCUGUUACCAGUCCUAUUGGGUCUCCUCCGAUCAUAUCUCCACCCCCUUUAACUCCGAAAUCUUUGGGAUCUCCUACGAGGUCUCUUGUGGGGUCCGUGACCUCUUGGUUACCCCAAAAUGUAAAACUAGUCGGCACAUCGGAAGUAUCUCAAACUCCCAGGCCUCAAUACGUGGAGUAUAUUGGCGGCAAGAAGUAUCUAGUUAUUCCCAAGCAUAAUGUAAUGGCGGUGUCUUCGAGUGGGGCUCCGGAAGCCCCAAACACGCCUCCGAUAACUCGUCCGACGAGUCCUAAGGAGGCGGCACCUUCGGAGGUGAAGAAGGAGCCGAUGUCCCCAGCGGGAGGCAGCGAUGAAGCAAUGGAAGGCACAAGAGAAAAUAUUGAGGAAGAGUCCAGCGGAGUCAAGCCUAUAGAACCUACCCCGCCUACGCCCUCGAAACCCAAAAAGAAGCCUCCAAUCAACCUGAAAAGUAUAUCAAACAUAAAUACAGCAGUAAAGCUGUCAGACAGCGAGAAAAACGAGACGAGCUUCAUGGAGAACUACUUGCAGAAUUUGUCAUUCGGGUAUAACACGUUGCUUUACGUGUUCCAGUAUUUGAAGGUUCAAGACCUUCUUAAAGCAGGUUGUGUGUGUACGAUGUGGCGUGACAUCGCCAGUCAUCCGAUCUUGUGGCGAACGGUGAGAAUGAAGAAUUCACAGGUGCACAGUUUUGAAGGUUUGGCGAACACCCUCAAGAAACACGGCACCGUCCACUUGGAUUUGAGGAAAAUGCUGUUGCCAAACAGCGGCGACGACAUCUGGCCGGAGUUUUCCCAAGCGAUAGCCAGGGUGGAUAGUUUGAGAAAGAUUGAAUUGUGCAGGUGCCCCGCGUCAGUAGUGGAACAACUGGCUACCACCAACCCUUUCCUAGAAGUGAUUAAUGCCGUGACGAUAAAAUGCGAAAGCAUGAACCUGGACCCGUUAAAAUCCCUGCGGUGCAUAAGGGAAUUGAGAAUAAAAUCAACGACGGGCCUGAACAUAAACUCAAUUAAUUCACUAAAGGAAUUAGUCACGUUAAAGAUCCUCUCGAUAACUUCUAUUAAUGAUUUACAUAAAUUUGACUUGAGCGUGAUCGCGGAGCUGAAGAAUUUAGAGUCACUCGAUUUAGGCGAGUGCAGCGAUUUUCCCAAAGAUUUUGGACAAGACAUUUUAAUGAAGUUGGACAAGUUGGAAAAAUUAAGGCUGGAGAAGGGCCAAGGUAAUUGUCAUACGUUCGAAAUACUCGACGCCGUGAAAAACAUGAAGAAUCUGGAGCAGCUGGAAUUGGUGAAUUUCGAUGUGAAAACCGGAUUUGAUAAGGCGAUCGGAGGCUGUCGAAACAUUAAGAAGUUGAUGAUUAUUCCGACGUAUAUUUCGCAGAGCGCUACGACAAACAAUAUGGUUUUGUCGGGGGUAUUAAGGCUGCAAGGAUAUCUAACUCAUUUCGUCUGGGGCGUAACCCUAGAACUCCUCCGGGUGACCGAGCUUUUCGUCGACCAGUGCGAAGAUUCAAACAAAAAAGAGAAAAAACCGAGCGGUACCGGAGACAGUAUCCCGGUACUCAAACCGGUACCGGAUCUAUCGAACGGUGGGGCGAUCCAAACGGCCAGCAAUCCACCGCAAGUGGAAAUCUUGCCGUUGCCCAAUCUACAAAAACUGCUCAUGAACAGUUUACCCGGAACCAGAGUAAAAAUAUUAAAAAUACCCUUUCACGCCACGUGGAGACAGACCUUAACAGACUCUGUGUAAAUGUGUUGUGCAAGUACAAAGUACAUUCGUUUUCUGUUUUGUGAACUACUGUUUUAAUGACAUUGCUUUUGCCUGUCAAAUGUCAGGUUUUUUUUGACACAACGCCUACGUUACAAUCUCGAUAGGUACCAAACUGGCAAUAUAACGUGCCCAAGAUAAGGACGACCAGUACACGGAUCUCCGUAUCCGUAAGAGAUAGAAAAUUGGGUGAAUGGGAAGAAUUUAGCGGCUUUGGGUGCUGAAUAACAUGCCGCUAUGAAAUUUAAAAAAUCCGAAUAGUUCUGGGAAUAUCCGAAGAAAACCGAAAUUACCAAAAAAAUUUAAUAUUUUUUGAGUUUAUAACAAAAGAUUUUUAAAAAGAAAUGACAUUUUUUCAUUGCUAUUUUCAUUUUCCGACCACCAUCAUCACUUUUUUUUUUCAAAUACGGACCUGACUUUUCGGUAUAAAAUAUUAAAAGUGCUUUAAAUUCCGAAUUCAACGGUAUAGCACAAGUUAAGCAUUAUUAAAUAUCUUCGAUGCCUCAGAAGAAAGUAGGCUUUAGAAACAAAAUGGUCGUCAUAGAGACAUGCUUUUUCAUGUUUUCGUGGCUGAAAAAAUAUUUAGAACAGUAAUAUUAUUGAAAAAAUCAAUCUAAGGCCUACUUAAUACAACUAGUUUAAUGCUGGCUAAUUAGUUAAUUGAACAACGUUAACAAACAAUAACAAUAAAUAGUCAAUAAAAAGGUAUAUAAAAGAAUGUACGUCGGUAGUACAAAAAGAUUUCCUUCAUUUUUUAAACAUAAAUAGCAUCUCCUUAUCAUGGAUUCCAACACAUUAUUCAUCAUCAUUGGUAUUCCAAUCUUCGAUUACAAAAUUGUUUUUGUAAACAUAAUUUUCAACAUACCUCCAAAGAUAGAGUUCUAAGGUAGUAAUGUCGGGGGAACGUGCUGGCCAUGGCGUUCUAAAUAAUGUGCUGAUAUGUCUUCGUGGAAAUCUAGUUGAUAAAUAGUCCCUAACUACUCUGGCAUUAUGAGCAGGUAGGUGUUCCAUCUUGUUGAAAUCAAUGGUUUCCAAUUUCUGCAAGAGGCAAAUUAUCUAAAGCUUCCUCUAAAUCGUUUUACAGUAAUUCAAGGUAACGCUCAGAAUUCAAAUUAUGUUGGUAAAUGAAUUAUGGUGGCCUAAAAUUCUUCUUUCCACAAUACCAGACCACAUAUCGAAUCCAAAACGCACCUGGUGUCGUAUUUCUUUCACCAAACGAGCAUUUUCUGUAGCCCAAUAAUGGUGAUUUCUUCUAUUGAAAAUAGCAUUUUUCGUUACCUUGCUCUCCUCAGACCCGAUGCUCUGGUUAGGAAAAUUUUCAUUAUUUCUGCAUCACCGGGUCUAAAUCCUAGACAGUCUGUAAACAUACGGAUGAAAUUUGUAUUUUAUUUAAAUGAAUUGUGCCGUGGAUUUAUUCACGGCUGCGUUAUAUUCAAUAUGUGUUGAAAUUCAGUUUCUUUCCCUUGUUGAAAAUCAGGGUUUUCGUCACUUUGUCAUCGUUACUUGGUUUUUAUCGGGAAUGCACAUGGUUUUUUAAACGAGCCGUAUUUUGUCAGAUUGCAUUCUAACUUGUAAGUUAGUUCUUAAACUAAGUUCUUCUAUUUGGAUGCCGUCUUUCGGGAUAUUUAUUCAAAUACAUAUUCUCCGCCUUAUAACAAUUUCGAUAACUUAAAAUGUAACAAGCUAGCAUAUCAAAUUUUCGUUCAUUCGAAAACAUUUUUACAAAAUAAAUUCAAAUAUGUAAAGUGUAGGGUAUAGUGAAAUAAUGAUUAUAUACCGUUGAAUUCGACUUAAAAGUACUUUUAAUAUUUGAUAUUGAAAAACCAGGAUAUCGAAAGACCUAAAAUUUAAUAACGGCCUCUUAAAGAGGGAAAAAAGUGGCUAUCAGAAAGUGUCAUUUAUUUUCAAAAACUACAAAAGGUUUCAUAAAUUCAGCAGAAAAUAUUAAAUUUUUUCCAAAUUUCGGUUUUUUCAGAUGUCUACUCGGAAUUUUUUCAGAUUUCAAAGUUCAUGUUAUUGACCAUCUAAAGUCGCUAAAUUCUGCCCAUUUAACCAAUCUCUCUCAUGGUUACAGAGAUCCUUGUACUGGCUCUCCUUAACGUGGGCAUGUCGUAUACAUAACAUGCGUAUCUCACUUUUUAGAGUUAUGAUUUAAAAGUUGAUUAUUAUAAUAAUUAAAAACUUUAGUAGAGAAAGAGAAAAUAUUUAAAAUAUUUUGUAAGUUCUCGUAAUGUUUGUAGAGAUAGUAGUGUUCGAAGGCUGCAGAUAUGUCAUAACUGUAAAUUUUACAUUUUUUAAUGUGUAAAUAAUUUGCUAUUAUUAUAUUAGAGAUAUAAUUAUG